AUGUCCUGGACCUGGAGUCCUUGCGCAUCAGAAGAUGAAAUGAUAUACCUCUUGAGGGACUGCCGAUGUUCAUCUGAAAUACGCAUCCACUCAAAGGCCCCACCCAAUUUCCGCUUCUCGAAUAACUUCCGUAGAAUCGAUUGCUUAGACAUCAGUAAUUCCAAUUGGGUAACAAUCGAUAACCUAUUGACCAUGGAUGGAAUUGAUAUUCAUCUGGAAAAAGCCUGUUUCACUAGUAGUGAUUUGAAUGUCUUCCUCAGGCACUGGCUGUCUGGAGGGUGUCCCCGAUUGAAACUAUUCUGCGCUAGAACAGGAUCUGUGGAUAUCUUUCAAGUACUCGCUGGUUUACUGGAUAAUGCAGUUCUUGUGGAGGAACGUGGAGACUACACCAGGUAG